AUGGCUGACGAAUACCAAGACAAUUACGGAACUUAUGUUUUUAACAAUUACACCAGAAACUGUGAGCUUGCCAAGGCGUCAGCAACGCACGAUGAAGCUAAAGCGGAUAUACUGAGAAAUGCUGCGACGUCAAAUAUGAGAAGAAAUGUAUCUUCACAAAGACCAAGAAAUACAUACAGUCAAAGCGCAUCUCUUUGGGCAAAGAAAUGGCCAAAUCUCAACGACCAGUCAGAUUACCUAAGUUUGGAUUCCGAUAGUGAUUCUGACAGCUGCUGUGGAAGCAGUACCUCAUGCACUUGCAGCAAAUGUUGUGAAUCAACAUGCUGUUCUUCCAACAAAUCCUCUUCAUUUUAUACUAGUGAACUGUGUGGGUGUCACUGCGAUUGCCAGCUUAUUGAAGAUCGUCAACACCGCAGGAGCAGAAGACACCAUGUUCGAGAAAAAAGGAUGAUCGCUACGUCUCAGCCAAGCAAAUCACAAGGUGGAAAUACAAUGAGUUCUGAACGUUACCACAAAUGCAAAACGCCUCACGAAAGCACAUCUCGUUUCAAAAGGAAUCGUAGCACAAACCGCAAUGGCUUGUAUCAAGGAGUGAUCCCCGAACUUCGGCCCGGUCCAUAUGGAAAUAAAUUUUUCACCGAAGAAGACGUAUAUCGAAAAUAUUUCCGCGAUUCCUCCGCUACAAGAGCCCACCCCGAACCUGAUCUUAUACUCUAUCCUAUUGAUUAA